ACUGACGUCAAUCUGUUCCAAGUCAAUUACGUUCCAUUAAUAUUUAAUACACUGCCAUAUAGAUCAUUGAUUACUUUGAAGAUAUUGGCUUUUGCUUUUACAAAAAGAAAGACAAAACGAAAGAUCGACAGUUGUUAUGGAUCAAGACAUGUUCGUCAGUAUAAAGUGUUUUAAAAUCAUUAAAUAACUGUUUUCCUGAUUUUAAAAAAAUAUUUAAAACAAUAUAUGAUGCAGUCUAUCUACAUUUUCUUUCAUGUUUAAAGAAUCAGGUAAAUGAGUUUUUCGACAUAUUUAAAACAAGUGAAUCCUGACAAACAACUACAAGAUGAAAACAGUUGUACUUGUGUUAUGUUUUUCGUUGAAUGUUUUGUUACUCGUCAGUGGUUCGGUACGUACCUGUGCAAAUCUAGACUACUUCAGCUUUUUACGAAGGAACAGAGAUUUAAAUGCCUUUAUUUUAGACAUUAUAGAAAACAUUGGUAUUGUAGAAUGUGCGACAGAAUGCAAGCUCCGCAACAAGUGCAAAUCGAGCAGCUUUCAGCAUUCCAGUGGGAAAUGUAAACUUUUUGGAAUUACAAUCCAACAAGCAGGAAAUUCGGUUGUCACACAAACUGGAACAGAUAUGAGUGAUGAAUUAGACUGGCCUUCAAGAAUAGCAGGUCCUUGUGAAAAACACAGCUGUUCCAUUUACGAAGUGUGUAAACCGACGAGCAGAUACUCAAAGAAAUGUGUCAAAGCGUAUUGCCCGAGCCCGCCAACUGUUAACGACGGCCAACCUGCCUUCACCACAACCUACCAGACGAAAAAAGUAGGAAGUAAACUGUCCUAUUCUUGUGAUUUUAACUUCCAUCCAGUUGGUAACAGAACCUGUCUCCCAGAUGGCACAUGGUCCAACUUCAAAUGUGUAUUUGGUCACUGUCCGAUCGACGAUGGGUACAUACUACUUCAAAACGUGUGCAUCAAGGAGGACAGUGAUAAGAAACGAGUUGAUGAAGCACGUGCGAAAUGCAACCAGUCAGGUGACAGAUUGGUGGUCUUGGACACGGAGAAGAAAAAUGAAUUUGUCAGUGUCUACGUCGAUAGAACUAUCGGUCCAGCAUGGUACAUUAUUGGCCUGUCUGACGUGCAAACAGAGGGUGCGUUUGUCUGGGAGGACGGAAGUGUCGUCACAUUUUCAAAAUGGAGACCUGGAGAACCAAACGACUUGCGAGGAAAGGAAGAUUGUGUCGUGUUAAAGUCUCAGAUCAAGUCAUGGGUUGACAUCCGAUGCACACUCUCACUAAAGUACAUUUGUGAAAAACUACUCUGAGCAAGGUGGCCAUAUGUCUGGCUCGCCCUUUUCUCGACGUCUGUUGUUGUUUAUUGUGUGUUGUUGUUGUUGUUGUCGAUUGUUGUUGUUGUUGUUGACUUCCCGUGCACAGUCACAGAGAAGUACAUUUGUGAAAACCUACUCCGAGCAUGGUGGCAACAUUCCUAGCUCGCUCUUUUCUCGUGUGUUUGUUGCGUAAAACAAAUCUGAGCAUGGUGGUCAUAUGCCCGGCUCCCUCUUUUCUCGUGUGUUUGUUGGGUUAAACAAAUCUGAGCAUGGUGGCCAUAUGCCUGGCUUGCUCUUUUCUCAUGUGUUUUUUGGGUUAAACAAAUCUGAGCAUGAUGGCCAUAUGUCUGGCUCACUCUUUUCUCGUGGGUUUGUUGGGGAAAACAAAUCUGAGCAUGGUGGCCAUAUGCCUGGCUUGCUCUUUUCUCGUGUGUGUUUUUGGGUUAAACAAAUCUGAGCAUGAUGGCCAUAUGUCUGGCUCACUCUUUUCUCGUGGGUUUGUUGGGGAAAACAAAUCUGAGCAUGGUGGCCAUAUGCCUGGCUUGCUCUUUUCUCGUGUGUUUUUUGGGUUAAACAAAUCUGAGCAUGAUGGCCAUAUGUCUGGCUCGUUCUUUUCCCGUGUGUUUGUUUGGUAAACAAAAUCUGAGCAUGGUGGCCCUAUAUCAGGCUCGCUCUUUUCUCGUGUGUUUGUUGGGUAAAACAAAUCUGAGCAUGGUGGCCAUAUGCCUUGUUCACUCUUUCCUCAUGUGUUUGCUCGGAAAAACAAAUCUGAGCAUGGUGGCCCUAUGUCAGGCAGAACACGAUUUUACCGUGUCUACGGGUCGAGUAUCUGAAUUUUUGAAUGGAGAGGAAUAGUCUUUUAAAGUAUUAUUUUGACAUAUAGUUUCGUUGUCCGUAGGUAGGGCGUACUGCCUGUGUUGCUUCCGUGAUGGCUUAUCUAACAUAUUGGGUUGCAACCUGUUCUUUUCACUUGUUGUAGGUCGUCGUAAGUCGAUGGUAAACUUGCCAUAUGGUCUCUGGACAGCAUUAUCAUAAAACGACAUAAAGUGAUCACUGUCACUGGGGGUAAAUUUUUUCUCGCAAACAACUUUACUUCGUGUCUGUCAACGGGUAAAUUAAACAAACUUACAUAAUGAGAGUUGAGAGCAAUGUCACGUGACUUUUUGCCUCUUGGAAAUAGGUUUUGUAACAAUAGAAAAUUAGGAAAUAGAGGAGGUGGAGGAAGAGGAGGGAGAAUCUGAUGUAACCGUUCUCUCACAUUCGAGACACGAUGUGAACCCCAUGAUGAAUCGAAUUAAAAAUGACGUCAAAGCAAAUUCAUAGUUUAUAUAUUAUUUAAGGUUUAAACCCGCAUCAUCUUGAACUACGUUUAAAAAAAAAAAACGAGGGUUAUGAUUUUUAUUGUUCCCCCUUUCAAUCAGCCAAUUACAUUCCUUCAUAUAUGGUCGAGUCUAUUAUAAAUAGAAACAAGGGGUGAUGACGGACGAGUCUACCACGAAUGAAAGCAAUAUAUUUCUUAAUGGCGAUAUUGCAUCAAAACCCCAUUUUACCAAAACUCAGCGCAAAUUUCUUUUCUUCAAUUCCUAAAUGGAUAUAGCAAACACAAUUUAUUAAUUUUUAUGCAUCUAUCUAUAAUGAAUUGUCAUUAACGAAUGCAAAACAAAUCCCAUCUUUUAAAACCUUAAACUUUAAAAUACAAUAUUACUCUUUGGUCUGACAAAAAAAAAAUCAAUACCCAACCAUGGUCGGGUAUACAUAGCGCGCUACUACGUGAUUUCGCAUUCACUCGGGUGUGGUCGUAUCGAUUUUCCCGAACACCUGGCCCGUGUUAUUUGUAAAGGACCAUGUGACUCGCGCCGUUUGCUGUAUAUGGUAUUGAUUAUUAUCCACUGUUCUAGCUUAAUGAAUGAACUCAUCAACAGUUGAUUUAGUGCAAAAAGUCCGCCGACCUGUCCUCUACGCGGCUGGUCUGUGACGUCGUGCAUACAUUAGCAUAUUAAUUAAUGAUCGUGCAUGCUGAUGAGAAUCCUCAUUUGUGAGGAUUUCUGACCCCUAUUAAUAUACUACUAAGAUAUGUUUUGUUUUCCUUCUCUGAACAUUUGCCAUCUUUCAAAUCCUGAGUUUAGUUUUCUUCAAUUUGUCUUAUCUGCACUACUUUAUACUAAUAUGCAUAACGUUAAAUAUCAUUAAGAAGCCAUUAUAGUUUUAUAAAUUGUAGCUAGUAUUAAAUAUAGAUAUGUAUGAAGAAUUAGAUAUAAAUGUUAUUUAGUUUUAAAAUAAUGCUGUUCUAUUUAAUAUUUGGAAGGAAGGAGAUGUUUUAUUUAACGACGCACUCAACACAUUUUGUUGACGGUUAUAUGGCGUCAGACAUAUGGUUAAGGACCACACAGAUAUUGAUAGAGGAAACCCACUAUCG